UUUCUUUAUAAACAAUGUGGCCAUGCAAGAUCUCAUCUGCCAUACCAUAACUAUACCAUCAUAUCAUGUGCCAUUUUACAGUUCUGCCCCUCACGCCUUUAACAAAAUCCUCUUCUUCUUCUUCUUCUUCAACUCACUCGUUAAUGGAGAAAUCUACAGUUCUUUUCUGAUUUAAGUUUCCAGAAACAGUUUCUUUCCUUUUCAGAGUUGAAUUUCAAACCCAUUUGUUCUCUCUCUCUCAUUUCUUCCGAUCCACUCCUUCAUUCACUUCCGAUUGCUUCGUUUGUUCGCCUUUCGCCGUCGCUUCGAAGAAAACCCCUCACUCUUCUUUUGUUUUAUUCUUCUUCUUUUGCCACUGGCGACUCUUCCUCCACCACGCGGCUAUGGAUUUUCGGAGUUCUCAAUUCAGGAUUCUCGGCGUUCUGGUUUUGGGGAUUUUGGUGUUCGAUGGAUUUGGAUUUGGAUCCGACGCUCAGCUUUUGCCCGAAACUGAAGUGAAAGUCCUUCAAACAAUAUCUUCAAAACUAAAGAACAUAAACUGGAAUGUUACUCGGAGUUCUUGCAUUCAAGGCGAAGGCUUUUCCAAUGGACCGCCGGGAAACCAAAUCUUGAGGAAUGUCUCAUGCAAUUGUACUUCCACUGUUUGCCAUGUGACAAUCAUCAUACUUAAGGGGCUCGAUCUAGCAGGAACUUUUCCAGCUGAAUUUGGUAAUCUCACUCAUCUUCAGGAACUUGAUCUUAGUCGCAACUAUAUUAAUGGCCAGCUACCCACAAGUCUUGCCAGUGCUCCUCUCGUCAAACUUUCUCUCUUAGGAAACAGGCUAAGCGGUUCAAUUCCCAAGGAAAUUGGUGACAUUGGCACCCUUGAAGAGCUGGUCUUGGAAGACAACCAGCUUACUGGAAGUCUACCUCCCAGCCUUGGAAAUCUGAACCGCUUGCUUAGACUGCUUCUUUCUGCAAACAAUUUCACAGGAAAAAUACCAGACUCAUUCGGAAAAUUGAAGAACUUGGUUGAUUUAAGGAUAGAUGGGAGCGGACUGUCUGGGAAGAUUCCUGAAUUCAUUGGGAAUUGGAUCAACCUUAAGAGACUGGAUAUUCAAGGAACAUUGAUGGAAAAUCCUAUUCCUUCUACAAUAUCUCAAUUGAAAAACCUAACUCAGCUGAGGAUAUCUGAUUUGAAGGGAUCAUUUAUAAGUUUCCCCAAUUUGACAGACAUGAUAAAUAUGGAAGAACUGGUCCUGAGGAACUGUUUAAUCAAUGGUUCAAUCCCCGAGUAUAUCGGAGUAAUGAAUAAAUUAUCAACUCUAGAUCUUAGCUUCAACCAUUUAACUGGUCCAAUUCCUGAGACAUUUCAGAAUCUGAUGAAGAAGAAGAUAGACUUCAUGUUCCUGACAAACAACUCACUGAGUGGUGAAGUUCCAGACUGGGUCUUGAAUAGCAAAAAGUUCCUAGAUUUGUCUUACAACAAUUUUACAGGGUCAAAUCUAGCUAGUUGCCAACAAUCAUCUGUGAACAUGAUAGCCAGUUACGCACCUGCAGCAAAUCAACAAGUUCCUUGGUGCCUCAAGAAGGAACUUCCAUGCUCAGGAAAAGCUGAACAUCAUUCCUUGUUUAUUAACUGUGGAGGAACCAGAUUGGAGGCUGAUGGGCAUGAUUAUGAAGAGGACUUAACUAAAGAUGGCAAGGCAAGCUUCAUUUCUAUUUCAGAAAGAUGGGCUUAUAGCAGUACAGGAGUUUUUCUGGGUGAUGAAAAUGCUGAUUACUUGGCUGCAAAUAAGUUUGGCCUGAAUGUGAGUGGUCCGGACUAUUAUCAAAGUGCCCGACUUUCCCCUAUCUCUCUCAAAUAUUACGGUCUUUGCUUGCGGAGCGGGAGCUACAAUGUGAAGCUCCACUUUGCUGAAAUUAUGUACUCUAAUGAUCAAAAGUUUAACAGCCUGGGAAAGCGUAUAUUUGAUAUAUCAAUUCAAGGAAAACUAGUUAAGAAGGAUUUCAAUAUCGCGGCGGCCGCUGGGGGUGUUGGUAAGAACUUCACGUUGGAAGACAAAAAUGUUAUUGUCAAUGGCAGCACUCUUGAGAUUCACCUAUAUUGGGCUGGUAAAGGAACCACAGCUGUGCCUGACAGAGGAGUUUAUGGGCCUCUUAUUUCUGCUAUCACAGUUACACCAAACUUCAAAGUCGAUGAGGGAGGACUGUCCGCUGGAGCACUAGCUGGAAUCAUAAUUUCGUCAUGCGCAAUAGUCAUACUAGUUCUUGUAGCGCUUUGGAUCUACAUUUGUAAGAAGGACGUCCCAGAUAACGAACUUUCUGGUGUGGAUUUACAGACGGGCCAUUUUACUUUGAAACAAAUUAAAGUUGCCACCAAUAACUUUGAUCCUACAAGUAAAAUAGGUGAAGGUGGAUUUGGACCAGUCUACAAGGGUGUAUUGUCAGAUGGGGCUUUGAUUGCUGUGAAGCAACUCUCUUCAAAAUCAAAGCAAGGGAGCCGUGAGUUUGUCACUGAGAUUGGCAUGAUCUCUGCAUUGCAACACCCAAACCUUGUUAAGCUUUAUGGCUGCUGUGUUGAGGGAAAUCAAUUGUUGCUUAUAUAUGAAUACAUGGAAAACAAUAGUCUUGCCCGUGCGCUUUUCGGUCGCGAGGAACAAAGGCUACAUCUUGACUGGCCAACAAGGAAGAAGAUAUGCUUGGAGAUAGCUAGGGGAUUGGCUUACCUUCACGAAGAAUCGAGGUUGAAAAUUGUUCAUAGAGACAUAAAGGCCACGAAUGUGCUGCUUGAUAAAGAUCUUAAUGCCAAGAUUUCUGACUUCGGUUUGGCUAAGCUUGAUGAAGAGGAGAACACCCACAUAAGCACCCGAAUUGCUGGAACCAUAGGUUAUAUGGCACCUGAGUAUGCAAUGAGAGGAUACUUGACUGAUAAGGCAGAUGUCUACAGCUUUGGAAUAGUUGCCUUGGAGAUAGUUAGUGGAAAAAGUAACACAAAUUACAGGCCAAAGGAAGAUUUUGUCUAUCUUCUUGAUUGGGCAUAUGUGCUAGAAGAGCAGGGAAACCUCCUAGAACUCGUAGAUCCUGACCUUGGUUCAAAUUACUCAUCAGAAGAAGCAAUGAGGAUGUUGAACAUAGCUCUCUUAUGCACCAACCCAUCUCCCACUCUCAGACCAACCAUGUCUUCUGUGGUGAGUAUGCUUGAAGGUAAGAUUGCAGUCCAAGCCCCACUCAUCAAGCGCACUUCAUUGGGCCAGGAUCCGAGGUUUAAAGCCUUUGAGAAACUCUCGCAAGACAGCAGAUCGCAGUUUUCAAGCUCGACAGUUUCACGAGAUGCUGAGGCUCAAAGAAGCAUGUUGAUGGACGGGCCGUGUACCGAUUCCUCAGCAUCAGCAUCCUUCCAGAGCAAUGGCAAGAAUCUCUACCAUUCUGCAACGAGCGAUCCCCUCGAGAAUCAACCCUCAGCUAAGUAGUUCAUCAAAACAACACAGUUAACUUAUGUUUUCUUAUUCUUUGCAGGCUCUGUCAUUUGAUUCUUUGUACAAAUGAAUGCAAAAAACUCUCUGAAAUUGCUUCUUUUUGGCAACAAACUUGUGUGCAUACUGUAUACUAUGUUGGAUUGGAGUUGAGCUGUCUUUAGGUUUGGUAGAACAAAUGAGCUGUAAACAAAUUGAAUUAUAUUGGAAAAUCUGAUUAUUCUAACAUUUAUUUUUUGUUCUU